AUGCCGCGACGGCGCCUUCAAGAAGAGGACGACGCUAGAACGCCGGUGCCGUCGGCCUGGCAAAGCAGAACGGGUUUUCACCACCGGCAGGGGCACCCUGCCCCUUCCCGAAGUCCCGUGCCACCACCGGCAGGCCUCGCGUGCACCACCACACCAUGGCGCCACCCCGACCCGACAAGCGCGUCACUGAGUCCAAAGAAGAGGGAGGGAGCUCACCCGAGUCCGACGCUGAUGAACCGCCGCCGGAGAGACCCGCAGUUGCCGCGCGCAUAUCAGACAACCACCAGGCCACAGCAGCGCCGCUGCAGACCACCCCACUCCGAGGUCAAGACCGACCUCAACCACCGUCCCGCGCCGCCCGCCGCCAUCCAGGAGCCGGAUCCGGGAGGGUCGGGCCGGAUCCGCGCCAGCACGCCACUGCCCAGAUCGGGAAUCCCAGCGGCCGCCACACCACAAACGAGCCUGCCACUCGACAUCGUGUCCCCACCAGGCAACCCCGCCGCCGAACUCCGAGCACGCCGCCGCGCCGCCGGCCCUGCCAAAGACCGGCGCCCCCACUCGACCGGCUGUCUCACGCCAGCCGCGGAGCACGAGGGCGAGGAAGAAGAGGCCCCGCCGCCGCCCCCACCGACCGGGCUUCGCCCGACGGCGUCGCUGGGCGGCGGCGAGGGAGGAGAGCAGAGGAGAGGGAGGACAGGUCACGGCAGCUAG